AUGCGACAAAUGUUCUGGGGGGCCAGAUCCUUUGACCAGCCAAUCGGUGCUUGGGAGACUGGCAAUGUCCGAGACAUGAAGGCCAUGUUCUACAAGGCUUUCAAGUUCAACCAACCCAUUGGGUCAUGGAAUACCUCUGCUGUCAUGGACAUGUCCUCAAUGUUCACAGGAGCGGUGUCUUUCGACCAGCCCAUUGGUGGAUGGAACACCUUGCAGGUAAAUGACAUGCAUCACAUGUUUGAAGGAGCUGUCGCCUUUGACCAGCCGCUGAAUCCUUGGGACACCAAGGCUGUCACAAACUUCUCCGGAAUGUUUUUCCGUGCCAGCUCCUUCGACCAGCCAGUUGGAUUGUGGGACACGUCAGCCGCCACAGACAUGUAUCGUAUGUUUACAGGGGCCGAAAGUUUUGAUCAGUCUGUCUCGACAUGGAACUUGACAUCAAUCCCUGAUGCCCAAGCUAUGGCCGAAGCUUUCACAGGUUCAGGCAUGUCAACUUGCAUGUUGCGUCUCAGUUCCGAAGCUUGGGGUUUGCCUGCCAGCAUUCGACAGACUUGGUCAGACCAACUCUGUCCCAGUUGCCCUUGUCAAAACACGAACUUGGCAUGUGUGGACGAGGCCUGUCGGCCAGUGAACUCCGGCUUCAUUGAGCUUGGGAGAGGUGCUUGGGAUGAUCGAAAUGCAAGUCUGACAACUGCUGUGGGCUUUCGAGCAUGUGUCGAGAGAUGCAAAGACUUGGAGUGUGGUGCUUUCCUUCUGGAAGACUCUGGGCGCUGCUGGCUGAUGGACGACAUGAACGACCAGAGUGAGCUCAGCUUGAUAGGAUCGGGUCCAAGCUACUUGGCGUUUCGCAGGGCCUCGUGCCGCACCUUCUCGUGCCCCGCGGGAACGACGUGGACGGCGACGAGGAGACCCAACGCCUCGGCCGUGAGGGCGACGGUGACGGCGGCCUCCUGUUGCAGGUGCGCUGCUCCCAAUGAGGUUCCCGUUCGGAGCAUGGAGCCUGACUUGGAAUGCCGGAGCUGUGCAGCUGGAAAAGCUCCCAAGGAUGAUCGUUGUGAAGCAUGCGCCUCAGGCUUUGCCCAAGCUGGUGCUGUGCGAUGUGAAGACUGUCCACCUGGAGAGGUUCCUGUGCUUCCGAGCCGCACUGACUGCAGGGCAUGCGCUCCUGGCCAUUAUUCCGAUGGUGAUACGUGCCGGUCCUGUUCAUUUCCCUUUCUCUUGCUGGACAACACCUGUGUUUGGUGGCACCUUGUGUUGAUCAUCGGCUUGCUGGCCCUCUCCUCCGGCAUCGUCUUCCUCCUGCACCACAUGGCCAAGAGGCAUCGACGGAAGCGAACAGAGAUCCGCCAAGAGGAGGUGAGUCAGAUCCUUCAAGAGUUUGAGGACGAGCUGUGGGAUGAGAAGCCUGAGACCGUGAACAGGUUUGUAGUGGCCCUGAGCAGCUUUGGAUGGAGCUGGGGCGAAGUGAGCCAAAGAGCGCAGGAGAUGCGGGCUCGUCACAGCAGCCACGCGGGUGUGAGCCUUGCAUAUCUGAUGGGCGAUUUUGCACGGUUGGCCUAUGACUGGUCUGGCGAAGAGAAUCCAACCUUUCUUCGCUUGAAGGAAGUCUUUUGGCAGGGUGACGAGAAGCUCGGAUCCAACAUUCGUUGCCCUCGAGAUGGCAGACCUGGCUGCGCGCUGGUGGAUUGGCUUUCGCCGGAGCAUCGACGGCUGCAGACUCAUUUCAUGUCUUGGAGUUGGAAGUAUUCACUUCAACAACUCCAAAGUGCCAUGCAGAUGUGGAGAUCAACCCAAGCAAUGGAGUUUCAGGACGUUUUCUUCUACAUGUGCUUUUUCGUGAACAACCAGUUCCGCAUCAUCGUCGAAGGCUCCGCCACCGGCAGCGACAAUCUGGAAGAAGUCUUCCAGACGAAUCUGCGACGGAUUGGGCAGGUCGUGGCAGUGUUGGACACCUGGGAGGAACCAGUCUACUUGCAAAGGGUCUGGACCAUCUACGAGCAGUACGUCGCUUUUUCCUUGCAGGUCCCGGUGACCUUCGUCAUGCCGGAGGAUGCAGCAGCUUCUCGGCACAAAAAGAUCUCGCGUGGCGACGCCGGCAUCGAGGAGGUGACCCAGUCGUUGUGCGAUGUCAACGUGGCGGCUGCACGUGCCUUCGAUCCGCGCGACGAGCAGAAGGUGAAGACCACGAUCCAGUCCACGGUAGGCUUUGACCAAGUGAAUCAGCACGUGAAGGAUGCCAUGAUCCAAUGGAUUUGCGUCGUGGUCCGGGAGAAAUUCCAACGACUCAUCAACAGAGCCGAUCGUGAGGACGUUUUUUCUGUCUAG